AUGUCAUCCAAAAUUAGUGCAAAGAAGACGCGAUCGUCGUCCCUGAUUACGUUACUUCCCGAAGACAUCAUCAUUGACAUCUUAGCACGUGUACCAAGAUGCAACUAUCCAACACUCUCCCUCGUUUCUAAGCACUUCCGAUCAAUCGUUGAGUCCUCUGAGAUAUACGCGAGACGAUCUUUGUUGGACUGCACGGAACACUGUCUCUAUGUUGUCUUAUAUGACACAGAAACUGAUGAAGACCGAUGGUAUAUUCUCCGCCAGAUAGGCAACGGCAGCCGCAGAUUGCUCCUUCUCUCUUUGCUUCCCGCUAUGCGUUACUGUAAAAGCUUUGUCGCAGUGGGUCCGAGGAUAUAUAUGUUUGGUUGGGACCAGAAGAAUAUGUCGUUAAGCAUCGACUGCAGAUCUCACACGGUGCAAACCCUCGCAAGCAUGCCUGUGCCAUUGUAUAAUACAAUCGCUGGCAUCAUUGACGGGAGAAUCUACGUAAUUGGAAUUUAUGAAUCGAAGGUGAUGUUGGUGUUCAAUACAGAAACACAAAUGUGGGAGCAUGAGAUUAUAAAGAUAGACACUGAGCUACGCGCCAUGUGGAACAUGUGGUCGUAUGGUUGUGUGGUGAUGGCUGAUAAGCUGUAUGCGAGGGAUGAUAAGAACAGCUUUAUUUACGACCCAAAGAAGAUUAAAUGGGAAAUGGACCAUAUGCUGAAUUCUAAGGCUUGGGUGAAUGCGUGUGUAGUUGAUGACGUAUUAUACUACCACGAUACGGACGAGAACGAGAUAAAAGCUUAUGAUCCAAAGCAAAAGUGUUGGAGUGUGGUGAAAGAACAUUAUCUUGCGAGAUUUGUUGUGCGGAGGUUUCUCUGGAAAAAACCCAAGGAGGAGAGAUUUGGGGAAAUAGGAGAUAUUGAGAAUUGGAUGAAAACUGUGGAGUUUCACUGCAAGAAAAUCACUGCUGCAAUUCGCAGCAUUCACGAAGAUGACUAA